AUGUCAGUGAUCGAAUACGCAAGUAAGUUCAGAGAGCUGGCUAGAUUCGCUACCGAAAUAGUGAUCUCUCAUAGAGGCAAGGCGAAUAGAUUUUUUGAAAGUCUGAACCUCAUGAUCCAAAAAGGCACUCCUAGAUACCAACUUUUUAAUGAUUUGUACAAUCAAGCCUUGGAGUACGAGCGUAUUUUGGAAAAAGAAGUCGGGUUUAAUAAAAGAAAGAAUGAAACUAGUGGUGGCGGUGGAUACAAGAAGGCCAAGAACGAGGGGAAGAAGCCGUUUCAGACUAGCAAAACAACAUCGGAAGCUGCAGGUAACAAAGGAUUUGGCAAUCAGAGGAAUGAGACUAGAGCAUCAGUAGGCCUGCAUGCAAUUGGAGAUCAUUAUGAUGGCUUACACCAGGAGUUUGAAAUUGAAGGUAAAAUUUCUGGGAAUCUUUUACCAGCUGACUUAAUUCAAUUUGAUUUGGGAACAUUUGGUAUCAUUUUGGGCAUGGAUUGGUUGGAGAGAUAUUCAGCGGAGAUUUUGUGUAAGGAAAAGGUUGUUAGAAUAGAAACUCCCGAGGGAAUGAAGUGUAUUCGGAAAAACUCAAAAUCUCAGCUAGAGACAACUUCUUUGGGGGAAGCAAGGGUCUUUUCAAAGAUAAAUUUGAGGUCUGGUUAUCAUCAAUUAAGGAUUGCUGAAGAAGAUAUUCCUAAGAUUGCAUUCAGAACUAGAUACGGGCACUAUGAGUUUUUAGUAAUGUCAUUUGGUCUAACGAAUGCUCCAGUAGCAUUCAUGGAUCUCAACCCUUACAUGGAUAAGUUUAUAGAUGAAAUUUCUAUUGACCCUAAAAAGAUUAGGGCAGUGAUGGAGUGGCUGAAUCCAAGGAUUGCUGAAGAAGAUAUUCCGAAGACUGUAUUCAGAACCAGAUACGGGCACUAUGAGUUUUUAGUAAUGCCAUUUGGUCUAAUGAAUACUCCUGCAACAUUCAUGGAUCUCAUGCAAAGAUACUUCAACCCUUACAUGGAUAAGUUUAUAGUUGUGUUUAUUGAUAAUAUAUUAGUGCAUUCGAAGAAUGAAGAGCAACAUGAGAAGCACUUAAGGAUAGUUUUGAAGAAAUUGAGAAAGGAGAAACUUUAUGGCAAGUUUAGUAAAUGUGAAUUUUGGUUAGAAAAGAUAUCUUUCUUAAGGCACGUUGUUUUGAAGGAUGGAAUUUCUAUUGACCCUAAAAAGAUUAGGGUAGUGAUGGAGUGGCCGAAUCCAAGGGAGUUCGAUUUUCAAUGGGGCGAGAAGCAUAGUAAAUCACUAAAAGAGCUUAAGAGGAGAAUUACGACUACACCUAUGUUGACCAUGCCCGACUGUGGGAAAGCAUUUGGGGUAUAUUGUGAUGCAUCGAAGGAAGGUUUGGGAUGUGUGCUAAUGCAAGAAGGCAAAGUAGCAGCUUAUGCGUCAAGGCAAUUAAGGCCACACGAGUUGAAUUAA